AGGUUGGGUGAACACUUUCUCAGGGGGACCCCCUUCUAAAACUCACGAAGCGGUGACGUUGCAAAUAGCGUCUUCAAUUCCCACCUCAGCUACUCGACUCCAUACCGGGUAUCUCAACCUCUAUCUAACUAAGCCUUCCUUCCCUUCCCUUUCUCACCACCACAACCAGAGAGACCCAUCCCACUCGAACAAUGUCGCUGCAAGUCCCCUACCGUGGAAAGGCACCCAGAGAGGGUGCCACCAAGGCUGUCAUUCUGGUCGGAGGCCCCUCCAGAGGAACUCGAUUCCGUCCUCUUUCUCUCGACGUCCCCAAGCCCCUCUUCGAAGUCGCUGGACACCCCAUCAUCUGGCACAACCUGGCUGCCAUCGAGCGAGUCCCCGGCAAGGAGAUCACCGAGGUCCUCAUUAUCGGUUACUACGACGAGUCCGUCUUCCGCGACUUCAUCAAAGACGCCUCCCACGAGUUCCCCAACCUCUCUAUCAAGUACCUCCGCGAGUAUGAGGCCCUCGGCACUGCAGGUGGUCUCUACCACUUCCGCGAUGCGAUUCUCAAGGGCCACCCUGAGCGCCUCUUCGUCCUGAACGCCGACGUCUGCUGCUCCUUCCCUCUCCCCGAGAUGCUCCAGCUCUUCCACGACAAGAACGCCGAGGCCGUCAUUCUGGGAACGCGCGUCUCUAAUGAAGCCGCCACCAACUUCGGUUGCAUCGUCAGCGACGCCCACACCCGCCGUGUUCUUCACUACGUCGAGAAGCCCGAGUCGCAAAUUAGCAACCUGAUUAACUGCGGUGUCUACCUCUUCUCUACCGAUGCCAUCUUCCCCUCCAUCAAGACCGCCAUCAAGCGCCGUACCGAUCGUCCCUCGCGCCUCGUCUCUUACCCGAGCUCCGAGAACCUCGAGAACAGCUUCAUCAUCACCGACGACGAUGAGGAGCGCAAGAACGAGGUCAUUCGCCUCGAGCAGGAUAUCCUCGGUGACCUCGCCGACACCAAGCACUUCUUCGUGUAUGAGACCAAGGACUUCUGGCGCCAGAUCAAGACGGCUGGUUCAGCUGUCCCUGCCAACGCCCUGUAUCUGCAGAAGGCAUGGCAGAACGGCUCCAAGGAACUUGCCCAGCCCAGCGCCAACAUCAUCCCUCCGGUCUUCAUCCACCCUACUGCCACCGUCGACCCUACCGCCAAGCUGGGCCCCAACGUCUCCAUUGGACCUCGCGUUCACGUCGGUCCUGGUGCCCGCAUCAAGGAGUCCGUCGUCCUUGAGGACUCUGAGAUCAAGCACGACUCGUGCGUUCUGUACUCUAUCAUCGGCUGGGGCAGCCGUGUCGGUGCUUGGGCCCGUGUUGAGGGUACCCCCACUCCCGUAGGCAGCCACACUACCAGCAUCAUCAAGAACGGCGUCAAGGUCCAAAGCAUUACCAUCCUGGGCAAGGACUGCGGUGUAGGCGAUGAGGUCCGCGUACAGAACUGCGUGUGCCUGCCCUUCAAGGAGCUGAAGAGAGACGUCUCAAACGAGGUCAUUAUGUAACUCGACAGGUUUGGGAUACGUUGGAUGUGGUGGGGAUAACGGACGACGUAAUGAAGAAAGGAUUUGCAUUGGGGUCAGAUAGAGCUCCAUCACUCUUCAUAGAUGCAUGCGUCUUUGGUCACAAAAAGCACAAGUCGAAUUCAGCAAUUCAGAGCAUUUCAAUCUGCCA